AUGGGGACGGGGCGGCGGCGGGGGGUCGAGGGCGACGACAGCGACGAGGAGUACCUGGUUGAGGACGACGAGGAGGAGCUCUGCGCCUCCAGCGCCGCCGAGGAGGGAGGGGGCUCUGACGCGGAGUACCAGGUGGACGAGGAGGACGAGGAGGAGGAGACGCCGAGGCCGGUCAAGAGGAAGUCCAAUCCGGCCGCCGCGCGAUCUCGGCGGCGGCGCAGGUACGAGGACGACGACUACUCGGAGGAGGUCGAGGGGAUUGCAGACUUCCAGGAAGAUCUCGAGGAGGAGGAGGAACCGCCGCGGCCCAACGGGGAAUGUGGAGGCCGCGGCCAGGCUCCGGCGCCCGAGCGAUCUAAUCGGCGGCGGCAGGAGGAGGACGUGGACUUCGACCCCGACUUGGACGAGGGGGAGGAGGACCGGGACAUGGAUUUCGACCCUGAACUGGAGGGCGACGACGACGACGAGCCUGACGACGACGAAGAGGAAGAAUUCGUUGUCAGGCGCACCGGAAAGACGCAGCAGAGGACUAAGAACACAGUGCUGCGCCGAACGCCCGCCCCGAAGCGGCGACGUGGGACGAAGAGGAAAAGCAGUUCCAAGCGGAAGGUUUGUUCAGGCAAGAAAAGGAAGGCAGCGCCUGCGAGGCGGCGGAGAAAGCGUCUGGCCGUCGAGGAUGACGACGACGACGACUUCAUUGUGGAGGACGACGAUCAGGUCGAGGUGAGCCGGAAUCCACGGAAGAAAGCCAGGUUCGGGAGGCAGGACCGUCCAGUGCCGGUUGCCGAGGCCGAUAUAUGGCCGGCUGUCGAUUCAGACACGUCAGAUUUCGAGUUUGGAACGUCUGACGAGGAUGCCGAGGCCCGGGUGGCCGAGCCGGUGAGAGUUGCGGCUAGGAAGGGGAGGAGAAAGAAAGCGGCGGGGUCAUCCUCGGGGUCUGAAUUCCAUGUCUCGGAUGAGGAACUGAGGGGUGUCGGAGAAGAAGUGGUCGAGAGGAAGAAACGGGCACUCGUCUUGCAGUCAGACUCAGACUCUGAAUAUCAUGUCUCGGAUACGCAGUUGGAGGCUUCCAGAGAAACUGCGAGCAAGAAGUGUGUGUCAUCGUCAGACUCUGAAUUUAAUGUCUCAGAUAGGGAAUUGGGGCAUGUCAGAAAAGAGGCCAAGAAGAAGAAUAAGAAGAGGGUAUUCGUCUCAGGGUCAUCCUCUGAAUCUGAAUUCCAUGUCUCAGAUAAGGAAUUGGGGCAUGUCAGGAAAGAGGCCAAGAAGAAGAAGAAGAAGAAGAAGAAGAAGAAGAUGCAUAGGGUAUUCGUCUCAGGGUCAUCAUCAGAAUCUGAAUUCCAUGUAUCAGAUAAGGAAUUGGGCCAUGUCAGGAAAGAGGCCAAGAAGAAUGAGAAUAGGGCAUUCAUCUCAGGGUCAUCCUCAGAGUCUGAAUUCCAUGCCUCGGAUAAGGAUUUGGGAUGUGUAAGGGAAGCAGAGGCCAAGAGGAAGAAGAGGGUAUUCCUCUCGGGGUCAUGCUCAGACUCUGAAUUCCAUGUCUCAGAUAAGGACUCCAGGGAUAAACCUCUGGAGGCUCAGCCUACGCUGCCCGUGUCAGUGAGGAGGAUUUCUCUUACAAGAAAUGUAGAGGACAAAGGAAAGGAGAAAAAGGAGGCAGUGGAUGCUGGGAAGCAGAUGUGUGGGAUAUGCUUCUCUGAGGACCUGAGGAUGACUCCGCAGGGCAUGCUGAAUUGCUGCUCGCACUACUUUUGCUUCCCGUGCAUCAUGGAGUGGUCUAAGGUUGAGUCAAAGUGUCCAUUGUGUAAGAGGCGCUUCACAACGAUUACCAAGUCAUCGAAAGUGGAUCUUGGCUUGGAGCUGAAAAAAACUGUGAUUAGGGUUGAAGAGCGUGAUCAGGUUUAUCAGCCCACAGAAGAAGAAAUAAGGCGCUGGUUAGACCCAUACGAGAAUCUUGUGUGCAUAGAGUGCAAUCAAGGUGGUGAAGAUAGUCUCAUGUUACUCUGUGAUAUUUGUGAUUCCUCAGCACACACUUAUUGUGUUGGCCUGGGAAGAGAAGUACCUGAAGGAAAUUGGUACUGUGGAGGAUGUAGACUCGCUGGCGAGGGGCCAUCGUAUCCUAGAAGACUUACUAAUAGCAAUUCUGCACAGGUAGCAGCAACUGCACCAAUUGGCAUAUUCGAAAGGUCACCUUCAAUCAACUCUUGGCAAACAUUUCAAGGGUUUGAUCUAAAUGCAUCACCUAGAGAGAGUUCUAGGCAAAAUCAUCCUGCUGAAUCACAAGCUUCUACCGCGGGCGUAUCAACUCCAUCUGGAGGAAGGCUUGCAACUCUUUCUCGAAGACGUGGAUGGAUGCGCAUUUUGCUGAAUAGGCACAGACCAUCAGACGGUUUGGACUUGGGACAUAAUGGUGUACAGAACAGCGACGGUGCGGCAAGAGCUGAACCAGACCGCAUGAACUUCUUUGCUUCAUCAGACUCCAACUCGUUGCAGCAUAGUGGUUAUGUAUCAAGAAUUGAACAAAACCACAUAAAUCUUCAUGCUCCUUUGGAAGCCAACAGUUCACAAUUGCUCCUUGAUGACAUUCGGGACCAGCACCGUUUUUCUCCUUCGGUUCAUACUCCGAGAAAUUCAACUCCAUGCAUAUCUGUGGAUGGGAACAGUUUUCCAACAAACUAAAACUGUCAAGCCCAUGUGCAGUAUAAGUCCCCAUUAGAAUGUCAUUCCAUUCUGUUAGUGGCUUGUGGGAUCGAGCAUGACAAGGGCCUUCAUGUCUUCAUAUCCUCCCAUUAAUUGCGAUCAUCUGCUUGUGACACCCAGUAUCUCACUCAAUAUAGCUGGCCGUUGUUCUUCAGCUUGUUUUUCAGUGAUGUAGUCAAUGAUAGAAAAUAGCAGAAAAAGAACAUGUCCUCCUAACAUUCCAUUUUAGCUUAGUCAUUUUUUGUUUUCUUAUUGGCAUUCAUUCAAUCCUAGAUACGGCCUCAAAUCCUCAAAGUUCGCGCAUUGACCAAAUGCGAUCAAGAUGUUUCUGAACUAUUGGACAGCUUCAUGUAUAUACAUUGGUGUAUUGGAGAAGCAAGAUCCAUCAAGAUUAUUCUUUCAGUUUCUGAUGA